AUGGUGGUGGUCACGUCACCAGGUGGUUUUCUUAAGACGGAGGAUUGGAGGAGGAAGGCUGCUGAGGGGAUCGCAAGGAGGACAUCUAAUUGUCGCUGGAUCCGUGCUUGGGGAGACCCCCACAUUACCACACUGGACGGAGUGCGGUACGCCUUCAAUGGGCUAGGGGAGUUCGUGGUGGUGGAUGUAGACAACGGAGAACAUCAGGUGCAGGGAAGGACAUGCUUUGCGAAAGGAAGCAGCCAUGCAACAGUCUUCUGUGCCAUCGCCACUGCCCAAAAGAACCACUCAGGUAUCCAAGUCAACUUGGAAGGUGAAUCUGGAGUGGGCGUUUACGUUAACAACUCCGCAGUCAACAUGACGCUGUCUGAAGAGGAAGAUUUCGAGUUAGAGGUUGACGACACCGCCGUCUUAACUCGACCAGCCAACAACUCCAUACUUAUCGUCUUUUUCAGCGGAAUAACUGUGAAAGUUACAGCAAAUAAGGCAAUGCUCUUCAUGGAGUUUUCUGCACCUGAGGAGUACAUGAACAAGACGCGGGGCCUCCUGGGAAGAUGGGACGGCGACACUUCCAACGACUUUGAGUUUUUCAACGGAACCUUACUUCCUCCCAAAUCUUCGGAGAGAAACAUCUUUGAAAUGGGGAGCUCUUGGCAGGUAACAGAUGGUGAUGGUCCAAAGAAGUCCAUCUUCCAAUACAAGCCCGGUGAAGAUUCCAGCAACUCCACUUCUGCCGGUUUCAUUCCGAAAUUCACCGAUGAACUGGACUUCGGUGAUCCAGACCUAGAAGAGGAGGCGCGCGAAGUCUGCGGGAACGAUACGUCAUGCCUGUUUGAUGUCGCCGAGACUGGGGACAUAGAAGUCGGGAGGCUGGCGGAAGCAGAAGAGCAGAACUUUGAAAACAGCGUGUUCGCUCGAGAUACGUUUCCACCACUUAUUUCUGGACCAGACGCCGUGUAUGUAAACCUAGGAGAUGUUGUGGAGAUACAAGUCAACGUCUCUGAUCCCGCCGGCCUCAACCUGACGAUAGAAACGGGCGACGAAGUACCAGCGGACGUCUCCGUAUCUUUCAACGGUGAUGACGUCACCCUUCUGUGGAAUGUGACAUCCGACGAAAUCUUCAACCUUCAGCUCGUGGCGACAAAUACAGAGAACAGCUCUGCUGAGUACUGGCCCGUUGUGUACAUGUGCUCCUGUAGAAACAAUGGGUCCUGCAACACCAGCAACAGCAUGGACCCUUCACUUGUCAGUGAUGACAAGAGGUUUGUCAUCAUGGAUUGUGUAUGUCAGGAUGGCUAUACGGGUCAACAGUGUGAAACUGAUAUCGACGCCUGUGCUGCGAACUUCGACCCUUGUUUCCCCGGAGUGAACUGCACAGAUCUCACCCCACCAGCUGAUGUGGAUGGAUACGAGUGUGGAGAGUGCCCUGUGGGAUAUGAAGGCAACGGAACAAUAUGCCAAGAUGUGGAUGAAUGCGAGACAGAUGAAGGCCUUCUGUGUCAACAUACCUGUAUAAACAACAUUGGGAACUUCACCUGUGGCUGUCACCCAGGGUAUCAUCUUUUGGAGAACGGCUUUAAUUGUUCCGACAUCGAUGAAUGUGCCAUGCCGAACAACUGCAGUCAGCUGUGUGACAACACAGACGGGUCCUACAACUGUUCCUGUUGGGACGGCUUCAGUCUGGAUACAGAUGGCCAGUCCUGCCAGCCAAACAAUCCAUGUGAGGGAGGUACUGACCCUGGCUGUGACCCCGUGGGAGGUUGGUGCAUGGUGAAUGAGACCGGUACGGCCGUCUGUGUGUGUGAGGCCGGGUACGAGUUAGCAAACGACAGCGUAACAUGCCUAGAUAAGGAUGAAUGCGAAUUGGGGGAAAGACACUGUCACCAACUUUGCAACAACACUGUUGGAGGAUACACGUGUUACUGUGAGGAUGGAUAUGAGUUGCCAGAUGAUCCUUCACAACUAUGCAAAGAUAUACCCGAGAUGACACCUCCUGCCAUGUCCACUGAACCUUCGUCUACCGCCAGCAGGCAGACGCAAACUGACGAAACUCACACUGAUGGUGUGACAGCGGUAACGGAUGGUGUGACAGCGGUAACGGAUGGUGUGACAGUGGUAACGUCAGUGGCAUCGCAGAGCAUCGCUGGACCAAUCACAGAACAACACGUGGCAGGGAACACCACAACCAUCGUCAUCAGCGUCCUCUCGGCUUCAGCAAUGCUUGCUGUAGUGGCUUUGAUCUUUUGGCGCAUGAGCACCCGAGUGAAGAGUGUUCAACUGUCGGGCAAACACUAUCCGGGAUCCACAGACGAACUGGUCGUCAAUAAGAUCCGCAUGUCAGAGACAGUGGAGAUGAAGAAGAUGUGA